GCGAACGCAGUACAUGCAUGGCGCCCUGCAUGCAGCUAGAGACUCAACCAAGACAAGCCGUGUGCUGUUUAGCAGUUAUGUCCCACAACAAAAAAUAGAGGCAAAAUCAUUUAGGCAGAUGGACAUGAUGGUCUUUUUGAAUGAAAGUUGACACCGUUAGGAGAGGUACACGGAAUAGGGGUAAAUCUUUGCUUCAUUUUGAAAUCGUAAGGGCAAAUUCACAAAGUUAAAAAAAUAGGGGUAAAAUCACCAUUAGACAUCAAAAUGAGGGCAUAAACGCCAAAGCCCCAUUUAGAUUACCCUCUCUAAAUUUAGAGUAGGGGGCUUAAUAGAGAGUUUGCUGGAGUUGCUCGUACUUCGACUUGGGAGAAGCUGCCGUUCUUCUUCUUAAUGGGCUUAAGUGGGCUUUUGGCCCGGUGUGACGCGUCUCCCGGAGUAAUGCAAAUUGGCCUUACGGCCCAUCACAUUUCACAGUGCUCCUCGAGCCGCCGCAACACGCGGCCGGCCGUUCGUUCGUUGCAAUCUUUGCAUAAAUUCUUCCCGGUUUUUCGGCCCCGAAUCCUCCCUCUCUUCUUCUCGUCUCCCCUCCCUCCAUUCGGUUCGCCGUCCACCGAUUCCCCCCAACGGCCGCCUCGACACGAAACGAACGAAACCAGCCGUCAUUUCGAGAUCGCCGUCGCCGCCGCCAUGGACCCGACGCCGCAGUCGCACCCGAUCCUCGCCUACGUGCUCUCCCGCCUCCCCUCGCUGCCCGCGGUGAGGACGCCGCGGUCCCCGCGCGAGCGGGACCUCGAGCAGCCGUCCCCGCGCACGCCGGCGGGCGCCGCGGAGAUCGACCUGGUGGGGCGCAUGCCGGGCCUGCGCCACCCGUCCGUGCUCUCCGCCAUGACGCGCGCCGUCGCCGACGUCGCCUCCGCGCGCGACGCGAUCCGCCUCCUGGAGCCCCGGCCCGACCACGAGCAGGUCGACGCCUCCCGCGCGCUCCUCGCCGCCGCCGGGGACAAGACGGACGCGGCGGCCACGGAGGAGGAGGAGGAGAGGCUGGCCGCGUGCCGGGAGGUGGUGCGGCUGGAGGAGGAGCACGAGGCGUACGGUGCCCUGCUGCGGAACGCGGAGGAGAAGCUGGAGCACGUGUACCGGAUGGCGAUGCACGGGAGGGACAUCCCGGAGGCGGGCGGUGGCGACGGUAACUGGGAGGAGGGGGCCGGGGCGGUGGACGAGGAGGUGGUGCGGGUGCUCAAGGAGGCCGAGGAAGGGAGAACGUUGGAGCGGGUGGACCUCGCCGACCGGCAGCUGCGCCUCCUCCCGGAGCCCGUCGGCCGGAUCCGCGGCCUCCUCGCGCUCGACGUCUCCCGCAACCAGCUCAAGGAGGUUCCCGAUGCUAUUGGCGGGCUCGAACAGCUGGAAGAACUCCGCCUCGCUUCCAACAAUUUGGUUUCUCUCCCGGAUUCCAUCGGCCUCCUCUCCAACCUCAAGCUCCUCGACGUCUCCGGCAACCGACUGAGGGUUCUGCCCGACUCCAUCUCGAAAUGCAGUUCGCUGGUGGAGCUGGACGCGAACUACAACGCCCUGGCGUACCUCCCGACGGGCAUCGGGCUCGAGCUGGUGCACCUGCAGACGCUGCGCGUGCACCUCAACAAGCUGCGGUCGCUGCCGUCGUCGGUCUGCGAGAUGCGGUCGCUGCGCCUCCUGGACGCGCACUUCAACGAGCUCCGCGGCCUGCCGGCCGCCAUCGGCCGGCUGUCCGCGCUGGAGACGCUGAACCUGAGCAGCAACUUCAGCGACAUGCGGGACCUGCCGCCCUCGUUCGGCGACCUGGCGGGCCUCCGCGAGCUCGACCUCAGCAACAACCAGAUCCACGCGCUGCCGGACUGCUUCGGCCGGCUCGGCCGGCUGGAGCGGCUCUGCCUGGACCAGAACCCGCUGGCCGUGCCGCCCCCGGAGGUGGUCGACAAGGGUGUCGCCGCCGUCAAGGAGUACAUGGCGGCGCGGUGGGCCGAGGCCGUCGCCGAGGAUGAGAGGCGGCGUUUGUGCGCCGCCGCCGUGGCGGAGAGCCCCAAGGCGUCCACGCCCAGGGAGUGGCUGACGCGGAGCGUGUCGUCGCUGAGCACCUGGGUGUCGGACGUGACGGUGAAGGUCGUCGGCCAGGACACGGCGGCGGAGGAAGAGUUCAUGCAGCAGCAAUACUGAAGGUGACCCGCCCGUCGCCGUAGAAACGACAUCAGGUUGGUUGGUCGGUUCGUCCAAGGCUAGUGUGCACGACGCAAGAUGAUCAGACAUUCAUUCAUUUGUUGCUUUGUAAUUUUAUUACUAACGUUUCUUACUGAAAUUUGUAACUAGUACGGAGUGUUGUAAGUGUGUAACACAUUUUCUGGGGUUUGUCUUCAAGCCGAAAUGUUAUCCUGCUGUGAACUGUCCUAUGACACCGAAACGGCAUGGUCAUGGACGAAUCCUUAUCAAAAGAUGUGCACAAAUGUA